ACGACGACCCACAUCUAUGCAUGCGGUCGGCGGCCGCCAUCGAGUCGUUAUGGGUGUGUGCCCAUAGACGGAUACCUACCUGCGUCGAGACGCUCAAGCAAGGCAGCCUUGUCAUGGAGCAAACCACUUAAGCAAGGCAACAUAGACACCCUGACACACACACACACACAUCCGCAGGAGUUUGGCUUGCAUCGUUGAGCUUCCUCGCCUGACUCAGAUCAGCCCGAAGCAGCUGCUCCUCACGCCGGCGGCCCUGCAGUGAAUCAUCGCAUCAGCAACCACCAGUCCCAGACGGACCGGCAGACAGUUGCUGCCGGCCCAUCGUGUUGUCUGCCUGUCUGCCUGUCUGCCUGCCUGUCUGGUUGUGUGUUUGGUUACCGAUUCGACCCAGAGGUAGUUGAGUGUGAAGGCUGCGCACAAGCUGCAGAUGCCAAUCACCUGAACGGUCCUCUUCGAGACCACCUCCACGGCGUCAAGCUCUUGGCAGCCGAGCCCAUCAGCGAUGAAUGACAAAACCCACAGAUCUCUCAUGGCAUUGCAGCCGAUGGACCACCCAUUGGGCCUUCCAGCGUGUAUGUGUAUCCGCCCUCUGUGCUUUUUUUA